AAAAACGCUUUGGAAAACGGAAAGAGAAAGUAGAGAGAGAAAGAGAGACCAAAACAGUGUACAUAGAAUAGAAGAAACAGAGACGCUGUUGUUUACGAGAGAGGAGAGAGAAGAGAGAGAAACCCCAUAAAUCCGAACCUGUUUCUCACUCUAGUUUCUUCAUUCACACGCUUUUCAUCGAAACCUUUCAUUCUUUGUUUUGAGAGAGAGAAGCUUUUCCAGAUUGCACCCUUUUCAGCCUCGUUUGGUCCGUACAAUGGAACGGUACGGCCGAGUAAACGAAGGGUCGCAGUCUGAUCCGACGCCGGAAUGGACUGUCGCCGGUGGAGAGGCCACGCAGGAAGGGUAUGGAUUGGUUGGUGGUGAAUCGUAUCCUCAGCGACCUGAUGAAGCUGAUUGUAUCUAUUAUUUGAGGACAGGUUUUUGCGGUUACGGUUCCAGGUGUCGGUUUAACCAUCCACGUGACCGUGGCGCGGUUAUUGGAGCUGCGAGGAUUGCAGGGGAGUAUCCGGAACGACUUGGACAGCCUGUGUGCCAGUAUUUCCUAAGGACAGGAUCAUGCAAAUUUGGUGCUUCAUGCAAGUAUCACCAUCCUAGACAAUCAGCAGGAGCUACUGUCCCCGUGACGCUAAAUUAUUAUGGAUAUCCUUUGCGAGUGGGUGAGAAAGAGUGUUCCUACUAUGUGAAAACAGGUCAAUGCAAGUUUGGCGCAACUUGUAAAUACCAUCAUCCACAGCCCACCGGUGUCCAAAUGCUAGCACCGUCACCAGCUCCCCAAGUUUCACCUCUGCCUAUGCCAGUACCUUCACCGAUUUAUCAAACUGUGCAGGCUCCAUCCGGUCCUUCACAGCAACAAUAUGGUGUACUGGUCGCGAGGCCACCUCUGCUGCAUGGCUCGUUUGUCCAGGGUCCCUACGGGCCUAUGGUCGUGUCCCCCACUAUGGUACCUUUUCAAGGCUGGAGCCCUUAUCAACAGGCUCCAGCAGCAAGUCCUGUACUUCCUACGAGUACUCCGUUGAGCAUUGCCACACCUCAGAUUUACGGGAUAACCCAGCUCCCUUCACCGUCAACUGCCUUUACUGGACAUUUUCAACCUUCUGGUUCCUCAACUGGUCCUUCAGGCAGUAGUCAGAAGGAACCCUCAUUACCCGAAAGGCCUGAUCAGCAGGAUUGUCAUCAUUACAUGAAAACGGGGGAGUGUAAAUUUGGUUCUUCGUGUAGAUAUCAUCAUCCGCGAGACACUGGUGCACCGAAAGUGAUCUUUAGUCCUGCCGGUCUUCCUUUGCGCCCGGGGGCACAACCAUGCACUCAUUAUACGCAGCGUGGAAUUUGUAAGUUUGGAUCUGCAUGCAGAUUUGAUCAUCCUAUGGGAUCCCUGAGUUACAGUCCAUCUGCUUCUUCUCUAGCUGAUAUGCCAGUUGCACCCUAUCCGGUUGGUUCCUCCAUUGGCACCCUUGCUCCAUCAUCCUCAUCAUCCGAGUUUAGGCCUGAACUUGCCUCGGGAUCCAGCAAAGAGUCUGCUUCAUCCAGAAUGUCAUCAUCCAUGAGCACGUCGACUGCAUCAGCUGGGUUAACUCUGUCAACUGUCGUACCGGUUUCUCAAUCAAGUAGCCAGCCAUCUGCUCCGAGUUCCAGUUCUUUAGCAACUCCCAGUGCCACCACAAGUAGCACUGUCUCUCACACCUCAAGCUAAGCAAUGUGAAUGUACUCCUCAUUAUCUCUCCAUUUUAUCUCAAUUUUUCAAUCGGCCAGUCUCAAAAUUAGUCUUUAUUUUUAAGUUAUCCCAGUUCAGACCCAACACUCAUUGCACCAAUCAAUUGUCUUUGUGUCCAUAUAGUCUUUUCGUGGCCAUCUCUUUGAUCUUGAAUAAAACCAUGGCCAACAUACACGCACCUUGCUCUUUGAAUAACUUGAAGAGAAUCUGCAAGUCCAUUAUGCACAUGCCCGUCCACAUGUCUAUUUCUCGUGCUUAUUUAUGCGUCAAACUUUUUUUCGUGUCAGAACCAGAAUCCUUUUUUGCAUUUGGGAAUAAUACUCUUUUCUGCUCCGAAGACCCUGUUUGCUAUUGUUCCCAACACCGUGAAGAGAAGUUAUCAGGAGAUGACUACAAUGAGGUUUCACAUUGCUAUGUUUUAUUAUUUUCGAUGGAGUUGUGACAAGUACUUAAAUUUAUUACAGAAAUACAUAUAUCAAGAAGCACAUUUGAAUAACACAUUUGAAUGUGUAAUAAUUUUCUCUCCCAUUUUAUCAGUCUACUUGCCAAACUUUUGUGUAAGAUCAGAUGAUCUUUGGAGGGAUUUUUGUUGUUGUUGUCGUUGUCGUCGUCGUCAAUGUUGUUGUUUCUCUUAUUACCUUUUCUGCUCGUACUAUUUGGUGAUGUUUGUUGUAAGACUAUUGUUAUUGUUAUUACAAGUAGAAUAGACUUUACUCA